AUGUUUCUCAAUCUGACAUCGCUAGACAUUUGGGAAUUUCAGUCCCAGGUUUCACGCAUAGCAGCAAAGAAAUCCGAAAUCUGUUUGCAGUGGGAACGGAAUGAAAAUCUGGACAGAAAAAGACGUCGUACUGGAAAAGAUGCCGAUGUAGAAACAGCUUUAAAAACAUGGUUUACAGAAGGUUGCAGUCACGAUGUUCCACUUUCAGGACCAAUUUUGGAAGAAAAAGCAAAGAAACUGGCUGAAACGCUGAAUAAACCUGAUUUCAAACUAACGAACGGGUGGCUAUGCAGAUGGGAGGAAAGAAACUGCAUAGUUUACAAAAAAGCUCAUGGAGAGAAAAACGAUGCAGAUUUGCCGGCCGCAGACAACUGGAUGAAGGAACAACUUCCAAAAUUGCCAGACGAUGUGUACAAUGCAGAUGAGACUGGAAUAUAUUUCCGAGCAAUUCCAGAUGGCACCUUAAUUUACAAAAGUGAAAAAUUAAGUGGUGGGAAAAAACAGAAAGAAAGAAUUACGGCUCUCGUCGCCUGUAACAUGUCUGGGACAGAUAAAAGACACUUAAUGGUGAUUGGGAAAAGUAAAAACCCACGCUGUUUUCGUGGAGUAACAGACAUUCCUGUUGAUUAUCAAAACAACGCAAAUGCAUGGAUGGCAGGGGUCUUAUUUAGACAGUGGUGUUGUGAUUUGGACAGAGAUGCGAAAAGAAAAGAGAAAAAUUGUCUUGUCGACAACUGUUCUGCGCACUCAGCAGAUGUUGAUGCAAAGCUAAAAAACUUGAAACUUAUUUUCCUGCCUCUCAACACUACAUCAUGCAUCCAGCCGUGUGACCAAGGGAUCAUUCACAACCUAAAGUAUUUCUACAGACAACAGAUCGUGAAUCGCAUUGUGACGGAAAUUGACAGUGGUCAAGACAUACAGGCCAAUACUGGAAACGAAGAAACAACGUCGAGUGACAUCACACCGCCAGACGGAAUCGACCAAUCAGAGUUUGACACGUAUGUGAACAUUGACUAUAACCUACAAUGUAUUGGAAUGCGAGCCGACGAGGAGAUUUGUGUCGAUGUUUUGCAGGCUAAACCGUGUGAGCUUGAAGUGCCAGAAGAUAGCGAUGAUGAUGACGAUGACAGUGAUGAACCUGUGCUUACUGCAUCCGGUGUACUUAUGGGAGUAAAGGCACUGAGACGGAUAUUUGGAGUGUCAUGGUGUGCUGAACUGUGA